GCUGGCCCGGGCCGGGGCAGCCCCACGCCCCUGCCGCUGCGCAUGCGUCUUGGGGGUGGUCGGCUCGCCGGGAGGCGGGGCGACGGGACAGAUUUCUCUCCUUGCUCCGCCCCUCUCCUUCCCCCACCUGCCACGUCCUGGGCCUGAGCUCUCGCUAGGUUUGGUGGGUCCGUGCGAUUGGCCGGAGCCCGCGCGAUCCUACGAACGAGGUGCGGCGGCUGCGGAGGGCGGCGGCGUGGGCCUUGAGCGCAGCCACCCCGGACGCCCGAGAGCUCGGCGGCCUUGCACCGGUCGGGUCAGCGGAGACCCGCGGAGAGGCGCCAGCGCGGCCUCGGCCAGCCGUAUUUCUCUAGAAUUGUAUAUAUCUGACAUCCUGGAGUCCACCAUGAAUGGACAGUUGGACCUAAGUGGGAAGCUAAUCAUCAAAGCUCAACUUGGGGAGGACAUUCGACGAAUUCCCAUUCAUAAUGAAGAUAUUACUUACGAUGAAUUAGUGCUAAUGAUGCAAAGAGUUUUCAGAGGAAAACUUCUGAGUAAUGAUGAAGUUAUCAUAAAGUAUAAAGAUGAAGAUGGAGAUCUUAUAACAAUUUUUGAUAGUUCUGACCUUUCCUUUGCAAUUCAGUGUAGUAGAAUACUGAAACUGACAUUAUUUGUUAAUGGCCAACCAAGACCCCUUGAAUCAAGUCAGGUGAAAUAUCUCCGUCGAGAACUCAUAGAACUUCGAAAUAAAGUGAAUCGCUUAUUGGAUAGCUUGGAACCACCUGGUGAACCAGGACCUUCCACCAGUAUUGCUGAAAAUGAUACUAUGGAUGGUAGGGAAGAAAAGCCUGCUGCUUCUGAUUCUUCUGGAAAACAGUCUACUCAGGUUAUGGCAGCAAGUAUGUCAGCUUUUGAUCCUUUAAAAAACCAAGAUGAAAUCAGUAAAAAUGUCAUGUCAGCGUUUGGCUUAACAGAUGAUCAGGUUUCAGGGCCACCCAGUGCUCCUGCAGAAGACCGUUCGGGAACACCUGACAGCAUUGCUUCCUCCUCCUCCGCAGCUCAUCCUCCCGGAGUUCAGCCACAACAGCCACCAUAUACAGGAGCUCAGACACAAGCAGGUCAGAGUGAAGGUCAGAUGUAUCAACAGUACCCACAGCAGGCUGGUUAUGGUGCUCAGCAGCCACAGGCACCACCUCAGCCAGCACAGCAGUAUGGCAUUCAGUAUUCAGCAGGCUAUAGUCAGCAGACUGGACCCCAGCAACCUCAGCAGUUCCAGGGAUAUGGCCAGCAAGCAACUUCCCAGGCACAAGCUGCUGCCUUUUCUGGUCAGCCUCAACAACUGCCUGCUCAACAGCCACAGCAGUACCAGGCGAGCAGUUACCCUCCACAUACUUACGCUACCCAAACUUCUCAGCCUACUAGUUAUACUGUGGCCCCUGCCUCACAACCUGGAAUGGCUCCAAGCCAAGCUGGGGCCUAUCAACCAAGACCAGGUUUUACUCAAUCUGCAAGUACCAUAACCCCUCCUCCAAGUGGGCCUAACCCGUAUGCACGUAACCGUCCUCCCUUUGGCCAGGGCUAUACUCAACCUGGACCUGGUUAUCGAUAAAGAGGCUCAGCUACAUUGAUGAAAUGUAGCUGCUAGCUAUUUGCCUCCCAAAAGACUCCAAUACUAUUAUUUUAUUUUAAUUUGUAUUGAAGUUCAGAAAUUUAAAAAGCAGAGCAUUUUUUAUGAUAUCAUUGUUGCUGUUAAUUGAGAGUAUAACUUGCUAGAACACAAGAGACCAAAAUGAAAAUUUUUUCCUCCCCUGCUUAAAAGUGUAGCAGCUUCCUAGUAAUUUUGGAACACUACUCUUAUGUGUGUAAAGUGAUUGACUUUCUAGCUUGCCUUGUCCAGAGGUUAUUAAAAUGCUAGGUUGAAAUUUAGCCAUCUUAUUUGGCUUUGUACUAUUAACAUGAUGUACUAAAAAUAGAUCUCUUUGAAAAGACAACUAGAUAUUAUGUAUAAAAUGUAAUAACAUUGAUAGGUUAAUAAAGAUGAUUGAAUCAA